UGUGACAAACAGGUCAUCCGGAAGUCGAUGAACAGCCGUUCAGUUACAGUUGCCCUGCUUCAGCUAACAUAAUGUGACUCUUUUAUGAAGUAUUUUGUAAAGGAUUAUAUAUUUAAAAUAAAAGCUGUAGUACAACACUGUGUGCAGUGCACAAAUAUAAUCAUGUCAGAUAGAAAGCGACGGAAAGAAGAGAAAGAAGAAAGACGAAGCACAAAGAGGCUAAAAAACUCAGAAGGCGAUGAAGAGAAAUACAACAAACACUCCGCAAAACUCAGUGAAGACGUGCAGAAACUUAAACAUGUGGAGAUUUUCUAUGAGAAACCUCCCCCAGGACUUAUAAAGGAGGAAGAAGUAAAACCAGAGGACUGUAUUCCUGAUGCCCCUGGGAAUGAGAACGCCAGGGACUUUCUGGCUCAUGCACCCACUAGAGGCUUGUGGAUGCCACUGGGCAGGGAGGUGAAAGUCAUGCAGUGCUGGAGAUGCAAGCGUUACGGCCACAGGACCGGGGACAAAGAAUGUCCCUUCUUCAUCAAAGGCAAUCAGAAGCUGGAGCAGUUCAGAGUGGCACACGAAGACCCGAUGUAUGACAUCAUAAGGGAAAACAAGCGCAACGAGAAGGAGACGAGGAUCGAGCAGCUGAGGAAGCUACUACAGGAUACAACAUCCGAUUCUGACUCCGGCUCCUCCUCGGACCCCUCGACCUCUCGCCACGGCCAUAAGAAUAAGAAGAAAAAAAAGGAAAAGAAGAAGAAGAAGAAGAAGAAACAAAAGAAGAAUAAGAAGCACAAGUCAAAGAGUAGUAGUGACAGCUCCGACUGAAAGGAGAGAGUCGUUAUUGGUGGCUUUGCUGCGAUAUGACCGGGGCAGCUGUAGAGACCUUUAAACCACUGAGCUCUGCUUUCUCUAUACCCCCCGCCACCAUCCCCUUCAAACCACGGACUCUUGCUCUUCCUCCCACCCUGCUGGUUCUGCUUAAUAAUACAUGCAGGUAUUUUAUUUCCCCCUGUCAUCAGAAACGGUUUGCUCACAUGAAGUCUCUAUCAGUUCUGUCUCUUAUUAGACCGCUGUCACGUUUGUGCCUCAGGCCUCGGAUGGUCCGUGCAUGGAGAUGAUGUAAUGUCAGCUCUGAAUGGGUGUGGUGUAGAACAUUGCUUGCUGAUGUAAUAUAUUUAUUGCUUCUUUCUCUCUUAAUGUGCUAAGUUGAGUGUUGAGUUUUAUUUGGAAAUGAUGCCUCCUUUUUUUUUUGACAGUGAAGUAAAUAAUUCAGAACAUUUGUGCCCAAAAUGUGAGAUAUUUCUGUAAAUACAUGGAUGAAGAGAAAAAGAUCUUGUUCAAUCCAUUUUCAGUGUUUUAUUUGAUUUUUUUUUUACUCUGCCUCUAAACUAAAAUAAUACUAUAAUCACACUGUAAUAUAUGGAGCAAAUCAUCACAAAAUACAAGAUUCAAUUCAA